AUGUCAUUAGUACGUAUCCUUGUUAUCAUUGCCCUUUUAGCAAUAACAAUCAGCGAUAGUUUUCCAAAUGCAUAUCUAUCUUCUUUAAACAAUGAUCCAUCAACAAUUGCUGUUAAGCCAAAUAUUGUACGCAGAGAAGAUUUCGAUCCCUAUGGUCUUAAUUCAAUUUUAAGUCGAUUUAGUAAAAGUUCGAAUUCCAUUCAAGUUUUAAAUCAUAUAUAUGAUGGUUUUUAA